AUGAGUUGGAAGUUGCGGCCAAAAUCGACCCAGUCAAUAGGAGCUAAUCACAAUUGUAAUAAUGCUGAAGGUUUUACGAUUGCAAUCAAUCAUUCUGAUUUCAUUUCAAUGGUUGAGAUAAUGUCUAUGGUUAAAGAUAUUGGCUUGGAUAAUGUGGGUAAAAUUUUCUAUAGCAAAAGAGGAAUGGGUGAUUGUUCUGAUUUGUCACUACUUGAGAAUGAUUUAGAUGUUAUGAAUUUGGUGCAAUGGUUGGAUUCUGAUAGAGUUGUCAGUUUGUUUGUUGAACAUGAGCCCCUUACUUGUAGUGGUAAUCAGUCUGAGCUUCCUAAUGUUGAUGAACCAUUACCAUUUGUUGGGAAUUUAGAAAGUUCUGAGGAGAGAAUCAGCCAUGAAAAUGCAUUUGUAGGUAGUAAUGAGAAUCAGUCUUGUGGUUUAAGUAGAACAUAUCUGUAG